GAUAACUCUCGAGAGUAACUAAGCUUCGAAGAUGCCAACUUGAACAUACAUUGACUUGAAAGUUGUGCAUAGCUUUCAACAUUGUCCUGUUAUCAUUAUUCACGUUUCACUGCGUGAAAGACGUCUGUAUAUAAGUCUAUAUUUUAUUCGUUUUUCAAUCAAUGGCAAAGAGGAACGGGGUAUGUGAAAAUGAUUCAGAAAAUAUGGAAGUGAACAGUGCAACUUGUGACGAAAUGACGAGCGAACGAAAAGCCAAAAAUGAAUGGGUGAAAUUGAACGUCGGAGGAACAACGUUCUUGACAACUCGUACAACUCUUGGAAGAGAUCCCAAAUCAUUUUUAUUCAGGCUCAUCCAAGAAGGUCCAGAUCUUAACACAGAUAGAGAUGGAGGAGGUGCAUAUCUAAUUGACAGAGAUCCAACAUAUUUUGGGCCAGUGCUCAACUACUUACGACAUGGCAAACUGGUAAUCAACAAAGACUUGGCAGAAGAAGGUAUUUUAGAAGAAGCAGAAUUUUACAACAUUACAGAACUCAUCAAACUUGUUAAAGACCGCAUCAAAGAACGUGACGCAAAGCAGAACCAGACAUACAUGAAGAAUGUAUAUAGAGUUCUGCAGUGCUCAGAAGAGGAACUUACACAGAUGGUGUCAACCAUGUCAGAUGGCUGGAAAUUUGAGCAGCUGGUGAACAUUGGUUCACAAUACAACUAUGGUUCUGAGGACCAUGCAGAGUUUUUGUGUGUGGUGUCCAAAGAGUGUCCCAGCUUAGUCAACGGCCCUGACAACGAACAUUCAGAUAGAGCUAAGGUUUUGCAGCUGAAAGGUUCACGCAUGUGAGAGAAAGGAGAGAGAAAUCUCACAUCGUCAACGACUGACCCAGUUAUUGGGUUUUUGAAAUAAGCCUUUGCUUUAUGGUUUCCAGAUAAUUUGAUUUUUUGUUCAAGCCGUGAUUUACAUUUCUUUCAAAAUAAAUUUGGACCUGGGCUUUUUUUUAAGGUGCCAUCUGAUAAUAAAGGAAAAAAAUGAAAGCAUCACUUUUUAUUUAAACCUUUCUUAUAGUGGGGAAAAUACCCUAUUUUAAUACCUAUUGUUAUGGAAUAGUAAUGGACUUGAAACUAACGCACCUUAAAAGUGAAACUGCAGUUGUCUCCACCUGUUUAAGGUGGCUGGAAGAGAUCCUUUCCAUAGUAACUUGUCGUUUAUUUUCCUCUUGUUCAGCUUUCAUUUUAAAUCAUACAGUGUAAAAAACAGACUGUGUAAUUGUUCCCACCUAUCACCCCACCUUCACCUCUUUUACAAGAGAAAAACAAAUGUUGGUGUUUAAAGAGGGAAUAUUGGAGUUGUGAAUUUUUUUCUUUAGUUUAUGCUUCAGAUAGACGAGUUGUGUAAUGUGUGCAUUUACUUUCAAAACAGUGUGUAAAUUGUAAAUUUCUCUGCUGCAGGUAACAUUGAGGCUGUAAGUGUUGUUUAUCCAAUACAUGUUUGUAUAAAAUGUUUGCUGUUACCACCAGACUGUAAUGUGUUCUUUUGUGAAUAAUUUAUCGCAACACAUGCUUAACAGAAAAUUCUACUACCCCUAUUUUAUUUUUACAUUUUAUAAAUAUAUUUUAACUUAAUUUUGAAGUAUUCAGUCAUGCAAGAAUUUUUGUUUUAAUGUUAGCCGUGGCCUCAGACUGACAUUUUGUGCAGGGAGAGCAGAUAGUUAUGCUUUACUUUUUUAUGGUUGUCAUAUUGCCCCCUUCCAUCUUGUUUUAUUAGAAUGUGUAAGUUAAAAACAAAUUACUUGAACUACUGUUUUGUGGGUGCUUUAAAAUUUAAGGGCAUGGUUUAGGAGAGGGAAGGAAGAGAAUGUAUGCUUUAGCUUGUUAACCUCCAUCAAAAGAUUUAGCACUGUUGACUGAUGAAAGCUUAUGAUUCAUCUUUGAUUAUAUUGAUUUUAUUGUAAACUACACAAAUAUGGAGAUGUUAUAGACCAUUGGAGUUAAUCUCUAUCAGUGUUGGUGUAAAUUCAUGUAGUUCAUGUUGUCUGCACAGUUUCAACCCCUUUAUGGUAGAUAGUAACAAUUUUCACUUAUAGCAUACUCUGCGAGAGAGAGAGAGAGAGUGUACGUGCAAAGAGAGAAGUGUUUACAAAAAGGCUUUUGUGAAUUUCAGUAGUCAACUGCCUGUAUACAAAUCAGAACAGCAAAUUCAAAUAUUAAAAUGACUUUUUCCUAAUAACUUAAGUUGUUGGAAGAAAAGAAAAGUUUGAAGAUGCUUCAUUCAAUUUGCAUUUGUGAGUGAUACAUGACAGGACAUUUUUAGGCUUUGUAAUUUCUUGGUUUGAAUUUUUUGGUUUAUCACAUUUGAGACUUCUCUCUUUUUCCCCCGUCAAUUCCAUCUUUUUCUUGGGAAAGUGGAUAUGCAUUACCCUAAUAUGCUGUUCUGUUUUGUAAUAAAAUUAUUUCUUGAAAGUUAGGACCUCUUACACAGCAUACAGCCAUUGAAUGCCUGUGCAAUAUACACUACCACGCAUGUGCAUGCCUAUGCAAAGGCCAUGCAGUAUACACAUCAAACAUAGAAUGGUCUCGUUUGAGUUUUCUAAAGGCUAUAAAAAAACAAACUGGUAGAUAUUACAAUUCUACCGUAAGUAAAAAUCAUGCAGGUAAAACGAAGUUAUCUGAUACAUGGGUUGGUUUUAAGACUCAAUUUCUCAGCAUAUAGCUUUUAAAAAUAAAUGGUGAAAAACUGGCGCAAGCAAAAUGGGAAGUGUGUGCCUUCAUCUCGAGUCUACACUUAGUCUCUUGCAAUGUAUAUGAUGAAACUGAUAAUUGCUCUUCAUGGAGCAGCAUCUGCAGGUCAGAGGCAGCUUAUCAUUUUAUCAAGAACCACAGCAGUCACAGUGUGCAUGAGUGGAUAGGACUGUCUUGGGACCUUUCUGAUUUAUCCCUUGAUCUGUAGAUGGUCAGUAAACCUAGGGAAUGGCAUUACACCACUGACAAUGCUGUCAUUCACUUGCUGAGGGCUAUGCAACAUAUAAGGAUCUUGACAACAUGCAAGACUUGUCCACUGUUCUCUUCUUGUUUGGAUGUGCUUAUGAAUUGUUCCAUGCUUCAGAUUUGUUCUUCAGUAGUAGUACUGUGCAUAUGUUUUGAAACUUGAUGCCUAAGAGCAAAUUUUCUUAAGAUUAUACCAAUGAAAAAAACGUUUUCAUCUGUAUUCCAAUGUUUCUUGUGUGAAAUAUAUAACUGUUUAAAAAAA